GACGUAUCGCUUUUCCGGACCCAAGCGCAACCAGUCUACUAGUAGGAGGAACUCUAUUGGUCCCUUGGGCUUGAUGGCAUGAAUUGGUUGUGCUCAACCUUUGCUCCAUGAUUGCAAUAGCACGUCGAGUCCAACAACUCCACUAGACAUCGUGGGCCUAAUUGAUGGCUGUGGACACGAACUCCCCCGGGAUGCCACUAAUGGCAGGUUCUUCCGACAACAAAGCUGGCCGGGAUGCCACAGGCAUCCAUGAACGACCAAGUAUGACAUCUACAGAGGGUGGUUGGGCAAGAGCCCAUGGGUAUAAGCACGGGUCGAUGACCACCGGGGUGCCUCAGCUGCAACUCGGAGGGUGGUGGUGGUGGGAGCUCAUCGCGAUGCUACUGAGCCUGGUCAGCGCUGCCCUCCUGAUACCAGUGCUGGUGAAAGUCGACGGCCUGGCGGUGGAGGACUGGCCGUAUGCCAUCUUGCCCAACACUUUGCUAUCGAUCUUGACCAACGUCACCAAGACCGCCAUGAUGGUUCCCAUUGCCGCGUGCCUCAGCCAAAUGAAAUGGGACCACUUCUACCACCGGGCAAACCCGCUUGACCACCUUCAAUUAUAUGACGAAGCGAGCCGAGGGCCUUAUGGAUCAUUUAUGCUCAUUAUCACAGGACGGGCAAAAGUGCUCAGCGCAUGGGCUUUUGCCGUUGUCACCUUGGUAGCCCUGGGCAUUGAUCCAAGUACCCAGCAGACGAUCGAGACUAGGACUAGACAUGCCGAGAUGUCGAACGUCACGGCACUCGUUGGGCUUGCACAGAACUAUUCCUCGAGAGCAUUCGUUUCCAGUUCAUUCCAGGGUUUCAAUGGAGCUGGGCACGAGCCCAACCUGCACACACUGGGCCUCCAAACCUCAAUUUUGAAUGGAGCUGCCGGGUCUCCGCCAGCUGUGGACUUUUACUGUCCAGAGCCGGCGACCGAAUGUGCAUGGGGUGAUUUCGACACGCUGGCCGUAUGUGGGACAUUCAAAAAUCUGACUGGCAACACUGAAGCGUACAACAAAACCUGUGUAACCACCAAGUCAUCUGGUCCUGGUAAUAACAUCGACUGCACCUACGAAUUUCCAGACAGUCUUCCGAUCAACAUGUCCCUCUAUGCAGGUGGGAAUGGAGACACAUCGCUCUUUAACUCCACGUCCAACGUAAAAGGCACAAGUACAGUAUUCAUGGUCAACACCACAGACUCCAUCAACUUCACAGCAGAGGUCUACUCGAUGUCCUGGAGCUGGUGCAAAAAGACCUUCCACAACUUGACCGCCUCACCAGCAGGUCUGCACCACGCAGAAAUCACCACCAGAGACCUGGUCCCAUUUGCGGACAACCCCCUGUACGCAGGCCUGCUGCCGUCAUAUGCCUACUACAAGGAACCAGGGUCCUCAAAGCCCGAAUUCAACCUCUCGGUCUCUGUCGACACGGGCCUCUUCUCCUACAUCACCAAGCUCUUCACCCGAGAGCUCCGGGCCGCGACGAGGUCGAGGGACGUGGAGGACUCACUGAGCCUGGCUGAGUACAUGUACCUGACCGACCUGGCCAACCUGACGACGAACAUUGCCGAUACCCUGACGGCGCAGCUCAGGAGUGUCAAGAUGGACAACACUAUGGCAGGGACAGCGGAGGGGAGGGCCUGGUACCGCGUGACGUAUUACCAUGUGCGCUGGCCGUGGAUUAUUGUCGUGUUCGCCGAGGUCGUUGCGACGGCCGUGCUGCUCGGCUCAUCUAUCUUCUUGACACGGAGACAGCCGCUGCUAAAGGCGUCCUCGAUGGCGCUGCUGGCGUUUGGGCUACACGGCUGGUCGGACGAGGAGAUACAAGGUACGGGUACACCGAGAGACCUUGAUGAGGUCUCGAAGAGGAUGCGGGCUCGGCUUGGACAUGACGAGGAGGGGUAUUUGAAGCUGUUGAAGGUUGAUGAUACUACAAAAUGA